AUGGCCCAUUCGCAAUCACUUAGCAAUGAUUCGGAUGAUGAAAGGCCAAUUGACAAGCCAUUAUUGACGUCUACAAAACCUCCCGCAAAUAUUCCCUUUAAGGAAGCCCCUGUCUCAUCGCCAGACUCGGAACCCGGUCUCGAAGACGCUGGACCGAUCCCCAACAACUUAACAGUUGCAUUCCCUCCUCUGCCACCGGCUGAUGAUGAAGAAUACGUCUCGCUAUGUCUCGCCAUCAAAGACCAACCUGGUGACCUUGAUGAGUUCUUAGCCCACUACUACUACCACCAUGGUAUCCGCCGCUUUUAUGUCAUGGAUGAUGGCAGCGAUCCUCCCCUCUCCUACACCCCUAAUUUCGGCAUUCCUCCCUUCGCCGUCCCUCGCUCCGCUGUUACAUUCACAUACAUUCCGCGUGUCCCUGACCGCCCUCAGCCUUUCCAGCACACAAUAUACGCAGAUUACUGCAUCAAGAACUUCGGCGAACGCCACACGUGGAUGGGCUUCUUCGAUGCCGACGAAUUCCUCGAGAUGCGGCGUGCAACUACCUUAGUGGACUGGUUACACCAAUGGGAGAAGAAUGAGACAGUCGGCGCGCUGUCUGUCAAUUGGAUCACUCAUAACUCUGGAGGUCAGCAAAAACGACCGCAAAGCGACACUCGUAAGGGUUUCCGACGUUGCGUGGUCGACGGUCCAGAUGGAAGAAACGCUGAUAAGGAGAAUUCUCAUGUCAAGAGUUUUGCAAAGACAGCCCUCUUCGACGGCGUGAAUAGUGUGCAUAACAUGAGAACUGCUUACGGGACUGUGUCGGUUGGCGAGACGGGUGAUGAGUGCAUGAUCAAGAGGUUCCCUAUCACACAUGAUAUGUGGGCACUCCAUCAUUACUCUGUGAAAUCCCGUGAGCAAUUUCUCGAAAAGCAGCAGCGAGGCAGUCCGAACAAUCACCACGCCGCAGGGGAGUUUUGGGAUAGGAUCGAGGACGCAGAUGAUUACGAAUGUCCGGAAUUAGCAUCUUAUGUGCCCUGA